AUGGGUGCAGGGAGGAAGAAAGAGACCUAUACGCUGGAGGAUGGCCAAAACCAAAACCUAUAUGGAACUAUGUCUGUGAGGAAACUUCAAAAGGGAGAUCUCUGCAGUGUUAUCUUUGGAUGCAAGUUCAGCACUAUCAAGGAAUGUCUCGCUAAGAACUUGUUUGGUUUACCAGGCCCACACAUGGCUUACAUCAAGAACAUUGAACCUGGUUUGACACUGUUCUUGUUCAACUACAGUGAUAGAACACUUCACGGUGUCUUUGAAGCUACAAGUGAAGGAAAGUUGAACAUUGAUCCCAAAGCUUGGUCUCAUAAUGGGAUAGAUCCAAGUCCCUACCCUGCUCAGGUGAAGGUACGUGUCCGAGUGAAGUGUGAGCCUUUGUCUGAAGAAACGUUUGGACCAGUAAUUGCUGAUAAUUACAAGGAUGAGAAGAUCUUUUGGUUUGAACUUGAUAGAGUUCAGACUAACAAGCUGCUACGUUUGUUUAAACCAUCACCAAAUGUAAAGGGACUAUCAUCAUCAUCUACAUCCAAAUAUGUUGUUGCAUCGUCUAGAAAGGCUAUUCCGGCUUCUUCUCUUGUGGAGAUAGGUGACUCAGGAGGAGCGCCACGUGUUGAUAAGUGGAGUAGUCUUUUCAAAUCUUCAGGUGAUUCAAGUGAGAACAAAGGACAAGACUCAAAAGAAUGUGAAGUAGCUCAAGGACCAGUGUCACAAUCUGGUCCAUCUUACUCAUCAGUUCUUAAAAAGGCGAUAGCUGAAUCUUCAGCUACACAUGAAGCUUCAUCUCAAGCAAGUAAAGGAGUUGUGUCCUUACACCAAGACAGUAGAGAACAACAAAGUUUCCAUGCAACACAAAAUGGGACUUGUGCUAAGGAUAAGAAUAUAAUAAGACCAAGCAAGGGAGCUUCUGCUGUGGAUGCAUGUUCAGAGAUUGAUUGGGAUGCUGCAUCAAACUUUCAAGCUCAUCUCAAAGGAGUGAACAUGAUUAUAGAGGAUACUAGGGAUAGUGAUGGUUACAAGAGUUUUGAGGGUAACACAGGAUUUGCUUCUUCUUCUUCUUCUAUGAUGCAGAAUCAAUGGGAAGAUGAGAGGGUGUCUUGGGAAUAUGAGGAAGAGGAUAAUAUAGAUGCAUCAUCUUGUGGGUCCUCCUACGUUACUGCCAUGUCAGACUCAUUUGAGGACAAUGGAGAAGAGAAAGAGAAGCUUUGUAUGGAUGUCUUGAAUGAGAUAUGGGCAGAAGUGAAAGAUAUGAAGGAAACUCAGAUGAAACAAGCUGAGUAUAUGAUCUCCUUGCAGAUGGAUCUGCUUGAGUCAAGAAAAGAGAUACUUCGACUUAAAGGACUAUAUGGAAGUUCCUAA